AUGGGAUCAUGCAGGAGAGCUAUCGCAGCACGUACGGAUAAACGUAUCAGCAUCAUGAAUGAAAUACUGAAUGGUAUUCGAGUGAUUAAGAUGUAUGCCUGGGAGGGGGCGUUCUCAGAAGUUGUUGCUGACUUGAGGAGGCGUGAAAUGCGCAAAGUGCGGCAAAAUGCGGUCUAUCAGUCGCUUGUCAUGGGUUUGUUUUGGUCGUCAGGAAAGCUCAUCGUCCUCUUUGCCGCUUUGUGUUACGUUUUCACCGGCAAUGAAUUGACUGCUGAGAGGAUUUUUGUCGCUACGGCGCUUUACAACGCGUGUCGUCUACCAGUCACCUUGUUUCUGCCAUUUUCACUGCAAUUCUUUUUUGAAGUUCGAGUAUCGGUCGGGCGUAUUCAGAGUUUUCUGGAGUUGGAAGAGUUUUCUUCCUACCGUUAUGGUUCGGUGACUGGCAAGGAUGACUCGAUAGAUGGUAUUGCCGAUUCUGAAGCGAAAGACGAAAAAAAGACUCUUCUUGAUCAUGAGAUGAACAAUGUGAAUGCGAUCAGCGACACGAAGAAAAAGCUUGACGAAGAGGGUGGAAGCAUUGUUGCUCAGUCUCUCACGACAGCAUGGCAAACAGCUGAGGAAGACGGCGAAGAUGUCUAUGCCGUGCGGAAUCUUAGUUUCGAAGCAAAUCCGGGUGACCUAAUUGCUGUUGUUGGACCUGUUGGAUCGGGAAAGUCGUCAUUGUUGUCCUCAUUACUUUGCGAAUCACGCAGAGUCUCUGGAAAGCUCACUAUAUGGGGAAAAACUGCAUACUGCAGUCAAGAUGUUUGGAUUUUCAGCGGGACAAUCCGAGAUAACAUUCUUUUUGGCUAUGACUUUGACCAGGAGAAGUAUCGCCGAGCUCUUGAACUCUCAGCUCUCAGUAAUGAUAUCGCCCAGUUUCCCCGCGGAGAUGCCGUGCUUGUUGGCGAUCGUGGUCAGAAAGCUCGUAUCGCUUUGGCCCGUGCAAUUUAUUCGGAUGCAGAUGUCUUUCUUCUUGAUGACCCAUUGUCCGCAGUUGAUGCCACAGUUGGACGUUUCCUUUUCGAGAAGUGCAUUUGUGGCCAUUUACGAAACAAGGUCGUUGUUCUGGUUACGCACCAAAUCCAGUUCCUUCAUCAUGCUACCAAAGUUUUACUAAUGAAGGAUGGAGAUGUUGUGGCUUCUGGAACCCUUGACGAGCUCAAGAACAACUAUAAGGAACAAUUUGAAACGCUUAUACAGGAAACGGAGAGGUCGUAUGCUCAACGAUCUCCCACAGAGGCCGCUCCGAUAAGUAGCCCUCGUCGUACAAUCUCUAGGAUGUCCGAAGGUGAUCGCGGAGGUUCGUUUUUCCCGUCUCGGGUGUUACUUUUCUAG